AUGUCUCACAACAAUACGACCGUGUUCUUAUUCACGGUGCAAGGCAUAUUGGCGUCACUGACCUGUGGACUGUGCUGCAUAAUAUACGCAUACUGUUGCAACACUAAAAAUGAACGAAAUAGGAAUAAAAGACCUAUAUCGAAGGUGAACGGAGACACCUACACUGAGAGCGCAACCACGGCCUUCAAAAAAAGUAAGGUCGAGAAAGAAGCGGCAAGUAAAAGUGUCCAUGAAGGUGCGACAACAUACUCAGAAAAAGACCUAGAUGGGGCAAGCAAUACAAAAUCAGAGAGGAACCAGCCAAGACCUGCUAACGGCAGCGCAACGAGCCACACGGACAAUUAUUGCAAGCGAAACGGGAGUGCAAAAUGUGAUAGGGACGACACCAUCCCACGGGAAAAGUUGAUACAAGAGAAUUAUUGCAGCAGAACAGGCAGUAAGAUGGAAUCGGGUGUAUCCAAUCAGAAAAACGCUCAAAUGGAUAAAGGCAAUGGUGAGGAAGGAAGAUCAAUUAGAAGCAACUGUGAAGGAAUACCCCUAAACAUGAUAAAUGUAAGCGAAUACAAGGAUCCCCCCUUGGUAGGUAUAAUUCCCAGGAAUAAUUCCUUACCGUACGAUGGUCGUGUAACCGAAAAAAAUGGAAAGUGUGAAAAUUCCCAUCAUGCGGGCGCAGAAGCAAGUGACAUGCACCCCAAUUGGAGCAAUGAACGUAAAGAGAUGUUCAAGAAUAACUCAGACAAUACGAUCAAAGUGAUUGUGCCCUUAAAUAGAUGCCAGCUAAGAAGUGGUGGAGAAAAAAAUGAGCGCCUUCCAAUGUCCAACGAGAGUAGGAACGGCUUUAAUUCGCACAUAUCGUCCAAUUAUGAUGUAAGAGGGGAUAACAACAGAAUUGUGAAGACAAUCGAACGCGGGGAAAAAAACCUACUCAGUAGGAACAACAAUAUGGGUAUUACGGUCAACAGGGUUGAAGCGAAAAAUAUGGCCAUCUGUGGCCUUACAAAGAAGGACGCCGUUCAGGUGGCCGCAGAAAGGGCAGACCAUGAAACUUAUAGGAGGACUGUUCUGGACAGACAAAUGGUGUACUACCCUAACGAUGAAUUUUUCAGAGUCAAGUCGGAGACGUAUAUUCGGAGCAAUCCGGGGCACGGUGGAGCCAGCACAAGUUCGCAGAAGAGCAUGCAUAGAAAUUUCCCAGAGGAGUCUUCAUCGAGCCGCAGGAACUGUCCCGAAGCACAGAACCAUUUUACACACCGUAGAAUGAACGGUUGUAAACCUUUUGAAGACAAAAAGAAAUGCAGGCACCAAGAACAUGUGCACAAUUAUAUUCCCUCGAAAUGUAUGAACUGUCCCCAUGAGGGAGGAAGCACGAAUAGGGUAUUUGUAAAAUGUGAAAAAAAUAUACUGCACAGUUUGGAUAGGAAUAUACCCAAUAGCAGGGAACAUCCAAGUGUAGAAUGGAACAGCCACGUAGUCCCAAUAAUCAAGAAGGAACAAACACAGCCAGGUUCAUCAGAAUACAACACGUAUAAGUACAACGAUUUUCCCAUGUAUGAUACGCUUUACAGGAAGAGGCAGCCAUUAUUACAUGAUGAUAUGUCGUUACACUUCAAUCAUGGGAAGGAAAUUAGAAAUAUUUUUGAAAAUGGGAGAGUAGAAGAAGCAGGUACUCUGUCAUACGAUAAGGACAAGGCGACUUGUGACAUGCACACUGUUAGCAAGUAUGAUGGAGAGAGUAUCGUUCGUAUUCGCAAUGUAGGCCAUUACGAUGAAGGGAAGAGGUUCCACCCCUGGGACCUCCAUUUAUCAAAUCGUAUGUCCACAAAUUUGAUAAAUGGGGAGAGGACAAAAAGUGCAGCCUCAUAUGGAUUAGCUUAUAACGAAAGUGGUAAUGUUAAUAAAUGUGAAGGUGAGGAGACUCCCUUCAAAGGAAGUUCCCCCCGUUUGGGCCGCUUCACAAGUGAGCAAGAUUUUGCACCCAAAGGGGGAAGGACAGACCAGGAGGGAGAAACAUCCCAGACGAAUAGGAACAACCAAGGUGGUAACAAUGGUAUAAGUAAUGACAACAACGGUGAAGAGGAUCGCACAAGCGAAGGCAGGUAUUACACCAGGGGGAAGAGCAAGAACAGCAGCACCAACAGAAGAAGCGUUCAUGAUGAAGUUGGCAGAAACGCCCAUAGCAUGAUCGAUGCAGUAGGAAUGACCACCAAGGUACCCAGAAAUAGUUGCACCCACACCAACAAAAGGCAAAGCGAUCAUAACAAUUGCGCGCAUUAUUCCCCUUUAGAUGAAGAAAAAAUGGAAAAUCGAAAAAAAGAAAGUUACUACCAAUUCCCACGUGACUAUCACAUGGGCAUCACAGAAUGUCUACCAUGUAAUGGCGGAACACCUAUGUGCAAAAAUAGUAACUGCCCUUCUGUUGGAAAUUGUGCAAAACAGAGAGAUAGGAAAGAAAAGAAUGUAUACGUACCUAAUUGCAAUAGCAGGAGUUGGUACCCCCACUGCACAGAAAAAAUUAGUGGCUACAAUGAAUCCUCUUUCCACUCAAAUAAUUUUGGGAGGAACACUAACCUGAGUGACAUUAAUGGCAGCUUUUCACAGCACAUUUCGUACAAUGCACGUCCAUUCAUUAGGACCAAACGGUUUGAACAGGAAAGAGGUGCGAAAAUGGUAACCAAGAGUGAACUCAGCGAUGGUAUUUACCCAUUAACAGAUGACAACGCUGAUUACGAUGGGGUGGAGAGCAGUCGUAGAGGGGGCAUUCUAAGUGGCAACGCAAGCAGCCUCCUCAACGGCAGCAUAAACUUGGGCGAACGGUGCCCCAAUGAUGAACAAAAGAGACGCCCCACCAAAGGGGGAGAAACGAUGAUCCCUGUCCCAGUCAGCAACGAUGAAGUAGCGAAUGGCAGAAAACGCAGAAAGAGGGCUACCAAAAAAAGAGGAACCAACUCCAAAGAAGAAACGGAUAACCAGUCUAACACACCACCAUUGACAAAAAUGAAGGAAGGGAAGUUAAGACAAACGGAACCAAGUGAGUACAGGAGCAGCCAAGAGAUUAACCAAAUAAUACAUGCCUAUUUGCAAAACUCGAAGAAGGAAUAUAAUUAUAGCAGGUCAGAUAAAUCGGAGGGAGAAAAUAAUCACGUGGCGGAUAAGUACGCCCAGGAGGGGAUGCAUUCGCAUAAGGAUGUGAGCCCAACCAGGAAGAGCAAAAAAAAGGAUUCAAACGAUAACACGCGUUAUAACUCCUGUCGUAAAAACGUGGUUGGCAAUAGAAAAGGAAGAAACCGGAGGGAUAAAGAUUUGGGCAUCACCGAGGGGGAAAUAACGAACAGCAAUAUGUCAGCUGCACCAGGGAACAAACGCAAAAAGAACGAACAGACCGACCAGGAGGAAAAGCUCACCGAGGAAGACACUUCUACACGUACAGGUCAAAUUGAAAAUAAAAACAUACGCGUGAAACGAGAAAGAAUUUACAGCAAUGUGCUUAUUAAGGAGGAAAAAGACCUCCGCAGUGGGAACCAAACGGUAAGGAGAAGCGCCAGAAUGAAGAGCGAAAAAUAUAAAAAAAAAAAAAAAAACAAUGACAGUGAUAUGCAUGUAGAGACGGAAAAUGAACAGGAAGAGCUGCAAAGUGAGAGUAGCAAAAAAAAGCAAAACAUUGUAAACGCCGAUAACAACAAACUGAUGGAGAAAAAAAAAAUGUCCAAAACGAAAACGAUGGAAAUGAAAAUUUUCAGAGAUAAAAACGCAUUAAAAGAAAAAGAAAAUUUAAAAAGGACAAAUGAAAAAUAUCAAGAAAUUGAUGAGUACAGGUGUGCAUCAGGAUUAGUAAAUUUCAUAAUUGAACAUAUUCAAAAAAAAAAAGACAAGGAAAAUUUUGAUGAUUUAUUAAAAUAUAUUUUAAAAUUAAUAAAUAUAUACAAAAUUAAGACCAUCGAUUUUGUCGAAGCUUUUUUGCUACUCGAAACGAUAAAUGUUAACAUAAUCACGGAGUACCCAAUUGAGGAGUGGAUCCUGGUGACCUUUCAUUUCCUUAAAGGAAAUACAACAGAACAAAAUUUUAACGUAAUUAUUAAAUCGCUGAAGUUAAAUAAUCUAGUCAUUGGCAAUGUCACAGCUUCGUUUUAUAUGAACAAAAAGACGGUUAGAAUGACGGAGAAAAAUAUGAACAGAAUUCUUACCAUUUUGUCAAACGUUGUUAGGAGAAGAUCCUCCAGGAUUAAAACGUUUAACCGACCGAAACAGGACAAGAAGGCCAAGGAGGACCAACAGAAGGAUGAGCUUUUAGGCUCCUGCUGGCAGCCAGUUGAGGGCGCCGCCGAAGGGAAGUAA